UCCCCCCCAACUUCAACCCGUGAUCUCCCUUAAAUUCCACUCCCAUUCUACAAAAACCAACUCCCUCUAUCCCUUUCUAUUAUUCCACUCCCUCAUGGCCAUGUCUAUGUACAAGUCCUUCAUUGUUUCAUCAUCAAUUCUCCUCUUCCUCUUCCUCUUCGGCUCCGUCCACGGCCUUUCGCGCACGAACACGCUCCGACCGGGUCGAAACCCGCCGCGGGAGCCGUUUCCGGCUAAUGCGACCGAGACCCAGUUGGUGGAACUGCAGUUCAUGAGAUGGGUCAGGUUCAUUGGUGGACUCAAGCACAGUGUGUUCAAAAGAGCACUCAACAAGGCGUUCCCUUCUUACACUUUAACUGUGGACAAGAACCCUUCUUUGGGGGACUUCACCUCAAUCCAAGAUGCAAUAGAUUCACUCCCCUUUAUCAAUCUACUGAGGGUCGUGAUCAAAGUUAAUCCCGGCAUUUACGCGGAGAAGGUGAGUAUAUCACCUAUGAGAGCAUUUAUAACAAUAGAGGGAGCAGGAGCGGAUAAAACGGUGAUACAAUGGGGAGACACUGCGGACACAAUUGGGCCCAGAGGCCAACCCAUUGGAACAUACAACUCCGCGUCUUUUGCUGUGAACGCCCCUUUCUUUCUCGCAAAAAAUAUUACUUUCAAGAACACUACCCCCGUACCGGCGCCAGGAGCAAUGGGGAAGCAAGCGGUGGCGUUCAGAGUAUCGGGUGAUAACGCGGCCUUCGUUGGUUGUAAGUUUCUCGGUGCGCAGGACACUCUCUAUGAUCACAUUGGGAGGCAUUACUACAAGGAUUGUUAUAUCGAAGGCUCGGUCGACUUCAUCUUCGGAAAUGCUCUCUCCUUUUUUGAGGGGUGUCACUUGCACGCGAUCGCAGAGAGGUACGGGGCAGUGACAGCUCAGAACCGGAUGAGCGGAGCGGAGGACACAGGGUUCAGCUUUGUUAACUGUAAGGUGACGGGGUCGGGGGCUCUCUACCUGGGCCGCGCCUGGGGCAACUUCUCCCGCGUCGUCUUCGCCUACACCUACAUGGACGACAUCAUCCUCCCCCGUGGCUGGUACAACUGGGGCGACCCCAGCCGCGAAACGACGGUGUUCUACGGUCAAUACAAAUGCAUCGGCCCCGGAGCGAACUUUGCGGGGAGAGUAUCGUGGGCGAGAGAGCUCACUGACGAGGAAGCAAAGCCCUUCAUUUCCAUGAGCUUCAUCGACGGUUCCGAGUGGAUCAGAUUUUGAUACAAUUUCUCUCUUUCUCGCUCUCUCCCAGUUGAAAAGUAGUUAAAGAAAGAAAUUGAACUGCU